AUGCGUACUGGAAUACCACACAUCCUUUUUUUUUAUUUAUGUUUAAUUUCGUGCUUUUUUGCAGCACGGAAGGAAAAAGUGAGGCAUAUGGAGGGAGAAGCUCCUUUGAAACGACUCCGGAAGGGACGCGAUGAUGGCCGAUUGGCGAGGGAGCGAGAGCCCGGGGGGACCCACGGCGCUGGAUCUGGUGAACAAUCCUCAUCAGCCCCUUCCUCACGCGGGGACAUGCGUGUUUGCAUCAAUGUGGGCGGUAGCUGCAUCACGACCUUGGCAAGCACACUGUGCUCGGAGCCGUCGCUGUUGUCGGAGUGGGUCAGUAAUGACUUUGCGGGUCUCCCCCGUGACGCCAACGGCAAUCCAUUUGUGGACCGUGACCCAGAGAACUUUAGGCACAUUGUAAAUUAUCUGCGUGGCUAUGAACUGCCGCUUGCCACCGAAAAAAUCGUCUUCUUGGCGGAGGAUGCUGAGUUUUACCGCAUUGAAAAACUCCGCGCUUUGAUCGAUCCUCCAGCGCGGUGGCGCUUUGUGAGUGGGCCAGGCGUUUCGAAAGAUAGCACGUUAUUCAGCACGGAGAACAUCCUCGGCAUUUGUGGCAAUGAGCCAUUACCUACGAGAGGUAAGUCCAUUUUGGUUUUGCGCGUUGACAAGUGUGAGCUGGUGUCAAUUGGUCUAAUCGGCACUGAGAAGCCGUUUGAAAAUGAGCCGCUACAAGGCCAACCACAUUCCGUUGCAUACUGCAACACAGGUGAACUCGUGCAAUGCUUUGAGACCGAGAAGACGUACGUGUCAGGGACGGGCUUCAAAAGCCAUGACAUUAUCACCGUGCAUGUGUCGUUUUCGCCCGGCCUCACGGCAAAAAUUACGUUCUUAUGCGGCACCGUGAAGACUUACGAGACCGAGUGGCCUGCGCCCACACCGCCGCUGCGUUUCGCAGUGAGUUUACAUGGAACCUCUGCCGUUACGCUGGAGCGCUGCGUCACGGGUGACAUGAGCGACGAGGAGGGUAGAGAGGAGAUAGGCGGCGUGAGUGAAAUUGUUUAG